AUGUAUAAAGAAAUCCCUGUUUUAGAAAGCCUUCUUACAAUUCGCCAUAAACUAUCGGCUCUUAAGAAAGAUCGCGAUUCUUACCCUAAACCAGAUCUUAUUGUUGAUCUAUAUCAUGAUACUGAACAGCAAGUUGAGCUAAUCACAGCAAUCCGAGCCAAUCAGGUGUGGGAAACAUCAACACGCAACCGAUUGAAUGACGUCCUUGACGAUGUCAUGUCACUCUUGUCAUUAUUCUUCUUAAGCAUGGGAAGGAAUCGAGAAAGUCCUGCUGUAUAUGCACAAUUGGUGACAGUUGAGCGCUAUUUGGAUCAAUUGUCGCAAAUGGGAAUAUAUACAGAUUCAAUUUUACUUGAGAUUCGAUCCCGUCUUGCUGAUAUCGAGAGUAUAGUGUUUGCAGAUUCCAGUAGCUCUAAUGUCUCACCGUGCUUCCUGGAUCUUUUGAAGAAAAAGCUUACUCGAUGUAAAACUUUACUCGAGAAUCUUCUAUCGACAAUCCAUGAAGUAUCCCCUGCGUUAAAACCUAUUCAUGAUGAGCUUGUCUCUCUCAGACAUGAUUUGGCAGCAGUCGCUUCCCGUCCUUCUGGAUUCAAAGCCCAAGACAUCCGACCAUUCCAAAUCAAACUCCGUCAAAUCGAUAAUGCUCGAUCGGAAUUGGUGAUGCCAGACGAUCGGAUUCCCAAAGGACAGGCAUUGAUCGUCGGCCUGUUGGAGCAACUCUAUGAAGAGACACACGAUCUGAUUGCUUCCACAGACAAUAUUUCAGAAUCCUUGUUACCAAUCGCAGAUCGUCUCAAAGAAAUCAAAGGUCAGCUCGAACGGCUUGCGCUCACACAUCGAUGGACCCUGCGGGAAACAGAUCUGUACACAUUCCAGCUUCAACUCCAAGAAAUCGAGAAACUGCGCUGUAAAGGCAAAUUUAGAGACGCGCAAUCCAAUGCUCCGGAUGGGCAAGUUCUUAUCAAUUUUCUACUACGUGGAUGCUAUCGUCUCAUGUCAAAGAUGUUGAGUGAAAAUGUACCGGUAGCAGAAGCAUUGAUGCCUGUUCAUAACCAACUCAGUACUCUUCGACGUUGUCUGGUUGAAGUCAGAAAAUGGGGAAAGCCCGAUUCACCUCGCGAGUUGUACCCCUAUCAAAUGAAACUCAACAGCAUAGACAAACUGCGUCAAGAUGGUGUCUUUUAUGAUGAAGAAGGGAAUAUCCCUGAAGGACAAGCGAUCUGCAUAGCUCUGUUGAACGAAUGCUAUGAUAUUCUUCAUGAAUUGCUUUCUUCCAUUGAUGAUUGAAUAAUAACAAUAAUAACAAUAGUCUACAGUUCAACAAUUUCCAAUUCUACAUCAACACGAUACUGCUGUUACACUCAAUAAUCCUAUAUCUCUCUCUACCCCUACCUCCAUUUUUCAUUACGUUAAAUCACUCUUAGGAUUUCUGUCUAUUUUCAUUCUCACACUUUUUUCUUUAAAAAAACAAUAAAAUAAAGCGACAUUUAAAAACUUG